UUUUUCGAAUCGUUAUUCCUCUUUUAUUUGUUAAUUUAAUCACACCCCAUCUUUGUAUUUUUUCUGAAUUCCAGAUCAAAACCCUGUAUCUAUCUAUAUAUACAUAACGAACAAAAACUCAUCCUUUGCAGAGAAAAAUAACAUAAUAAAAAAGCCACACCCACGCUCCCAGCAUUAAUUGCCUUCACUUGUUUCUCACUACUCUCUCUCUCUCUCUCUCUCUCUCUCUCUCUCUCUCUCUCUCUCUCUCUCUCUAAACCCAACUGGGCCCAUAACUUUCUCUCUCUAGAUUUCUGAUUUCGGGACAUAGAAAAAAGUUCCCGGCGAAGGAAGAUGAGUAAUUGGUUGGGUAAUUUCAGACGGACUUUCUUUCUGGUGGCGCUUUUGCUUUUGUGGGGUGGAGCUACAAUCGGGUUUGCGCAGAGUAGUAACGGCGACAAAGGAACAAAUAAUUAUAUCACGUGGACUGAUUUGAAGAUCGAUAAUCACAGAUUGCCAUUGACGGAUAAUUUUAUUAAUCUGGAAAAAGUAAUCGUGGUCGACAAGUACGGUAGGGGCGAUUCGUUGACCGUUCAAGGCGCCGUCGAUUUGGUGCCGGAGAAUAACCGACAGCGCGUGAAGAUCCACCUUCUUCCCGGACUUUACAGAGAAAAGGUGCAUAUCCCUGCAAACAAGCCAUACAUUUCACUGAUCGGAGACGAGAAUCAAGCAUCUGCAACAGUAAUAACCUGGCACGACAAAGCCGCCGACAUCCUCCCCGGCGGCGGGUUUAUCGGGACUUGGAAUUCCGCCACCGUCACAGUCGAAUCCGAUUUUUUCUGUGCUUCAUCCAUCACUUUUCAAAACACAGUAAAAGCCCUAACUGGUGGAGUCAACGGCUACCAAGCAGUAGCAAUGAGAAUCUCCGGCGAGAAAGCCGUGUUCUACAAAGCACGCUUUCUCGGCUCACAGGACACGCUUUUGGAUGAAAUUGGGUCCCACUAUUUCUACCAAUGUUUCAUUCAGGGCUCAACUGAUUUCGUCUUUGGCAAUGCCAAAUCACUCUAUCAGGAAUGCGCAAUCUCGCUAGUGGACGAAGGGUUCGCAAUAGCAGCUCAUCAUCGAAACUCAGCAGACGAAGAAACGGGCUUCUCUUUCGUCAACUGUACAGUUAGUGGAACUGGAUAUAUUUACUUGGGCAGAGCAUGGGGAAAUUACUCGAGAGUUAUAUACUCGUAUACGGAAUUCGACGUCAAUGUCAGACCACAAGGAUGGGAGGAUUGGAAUAUUCCGUCUCGACAAAAUACUGUAUUAUUCGGAGAAUACGAAUGCAGAGGCAGAGGAGCUGAUAGAAGCAGAAGGGCACAAUGGUCAAAAGCACUAAAUUACUCAGAAGCAAGACCUUUUCUUGAUACAGCUUUCAUAACUGGGGAGCAGUGGCUUAGACUCUAAAUUUCUUUUUCUUUUUUCUUUUUUAUUUUAAUAUUUUAUAUAUUUUUUCCAAUAUACUGAACAAUGUACAGAAGGCUCAAUUUAUGAAAGAUUGAUUUAAAUUUCUUCAAAUAGGAAAGGGAAAAUACUAUUAAUAAAACAGACCAAUGAGUUUUUCAUCAUACAGACACAUAAAAA